UCACGGCGCGGUAGCGGAGGUACGAGCGCGUUAACCAGGGAAGGGAUGUGUCUCCUGCUGGGGGCUGCUGGGGUCGGGAAGACCCUGCUGGUGAAACGUCUUCAGAAGCUGAGCUCCGGAGAUGGCAAAGGCGACCUGGGAGAGCCCCCACCGACGCGGCCCACGGUGGGCACCAACCUUACAGACAUUGUGGCCCACAGGAAGAUCACCAUCCGAGAGCUCGGGGGAUGCAUGGGCCCCAUCUGGUCCAGUUACUAUGGAAACUGCCAUUCGCUCUUGUUCAUGAUGGAUGCCUCUAACCCCACCCAGCUCUCUGCAUCCUGCAUGCAGCUCCUGGGUCUCCUUUCUGCAGAAGAACUUGCAAAAGCCUCGGUCCUCAUACUCUUCAAUAAAAUUGACCUACCCUGUUACAUGACCAUGGAGGAAAUGAAGUCAUUGAUGAGGCUUCCGGACAUCAUUGCUUGUGCCAAGCAGAACAUCACCACAGUAGAAAUAAGUGCCAGGAAUGGCACUGGACUGGCAACAGUAUUGCUCUGGCUCCAGAAUCAACACAGGCACAGCAGUUGACAGCAAGAUGGAGAAGUAUGGCUGACCCCACCCAGUGCCUAGGAGGCAAAUGCAUGAGAGCCUGAGGUGUUUGAUAGGAGCAGGCCACCCAGUGUAUCUGCAAGUGAUGGGGGUCUGCGCUGUGACCAGUGAACAAGCACACACUUACAAACACCACUGUCAUAUCACUUCUAAACAAUGGUCCCAAGACAGAACAAACUGCAGGUGUCUUCAUGUCUCCCACCAAGAAACUGGACCCACUGAGGGCUUUGGACUGCACGGAGCUCAGGUCAUUUUUAUAGUACAGACUCUGCCCUUCUGAGUUCCUAUAUCCUGACCAUGUUGCCCAGAAAAAAAUAUAGUUAAUGAAGUUAAGAAUUGGGAAGUGGGGCUGGAGAGAUGGUUCAGUGGUUAAGAGC